AUGCGCUCCUCCGUUCUUGCCGCCUCUCUGCUCGCGCUCGUGCUCCCUGCGGCGCUCGCGCAGACGAUGAUCUCCAAGAACGUGACCUUCAACCAGUUCUACGACGACAGCAGCAACUCUUUCGACGACGUUGCCUGCUCCGACGGCCAAAACGGGCUCAUCACGCGCAACGGCUGGACGACGCUCGGGCAGGCAUCCGGCUUCCCGAACAUCGGCGGCGUGUUCGCCGUCGAGGGCUUCAACUCGGUCAACUGCGGGACGUGCUGGGCGCUCACGUUCAACAACAUGACGGUCAACGUGCUCGCGGUCGACACCGCGCCGGUGGGGUUCGACAUCUCGCUCGAGGCGAUGCAGAGCCUCGUCGGGGCGCGGCUCGCGCAGGACGUGGGGAGCGUGGUCGCGCAGGUGAUGCAGGUGGACGUGACGUCGUGCGAGCAGGCGGGGUCGAAGUCGUUGCCGCCCAGCGCGCACCAUGGGUGA